GCGGGGACAGCGCGGGGACACCGCGGGACGCGGCGGUCACGGAGCCGCGGUGGCCGGGACCGGCAGGGGAUGCGCUGGGAUGCGCUCAGCCCCGUGCCCAUCGCCGCCCGUAUCGCGGCUCCGGCAGCCGCGAGUGCCAGGCCUGGCUCGGUUUUGAAUGAGUGGCAGUUAUCUCGCUCCCCAGGCUCCAGCUGCUGCUGCUGCUGCCCCGCAGGGAACACCGCGGCCUGGGGGGCCCUUCCGGGAGGGCAGAGUACAAUGAAACGCUCCGGAGUAAUUAUUGGGGGUGAAAGACAGGUCUCGUUUUGCUUCUGUUUCACUGGUUUCCUGGAGUUCAGAUUUAGCUGCUCUCGCCCGCUGUGAGGAUGGACAGCGAGGUGCAGAGGGAUGGCAGGAUCCUGGACCUGAUCGAUGAUGCGUGGAGAGAAGAUAAAUUGCCCUACGAGGACGUGGCCAUCCCUCUGAAUGAGCUCCCUGAACCAGAGCAAGACAACGGUGGCACCACUGAGUCUGUGAAAGAGCAAGAAAUGAAGUGGACAGAUUUGGCUCUCCAGUAUCUCCAUGAAAAUGUUCCACCCACGGGAAAUUAGUGAAUCAGUGGGAUUUCAUACAGUGGAUGCAUGAAUGCAACAUAAAAAUAUUUUUCAGCUGACCAUUGCUGCCCUAAGGAGGAAACAACAUUAGAGAAACUUUCAGACUCCAACAGUUGUUCUGCUCACAAUGAAGAGUUUAAAAUGCUUCUUUCUUGAAUGUGAAAUAGCAGAGGCUCUGACAUCUCAGAGCCAAGUGCAAAAUGUUUCAUGCUUAUAAGAUUAUUUCAUGUUUUCUGUUAAAUUGUUCUUAAAUUGGUGCCAAUUCUGAUCUUAAAUGUUUUCUACACGUGAUUAAAAAGUUUUUACUGUCUCAA